GGUCAGUGUCCUUACCUCUCAAGCUCCUAUUGUCAAAGUAAUCAAUAUUCUAAAAAAUCUUUUAGCUAUUAUUAGCUAUUACAUAGACUAUUCAUGAUUUUAUUUUAUACAUUUUAUUAUUCGAACCCGGUAAAUCAUUUUUAAAUCGACAAAAUUUUUAAAAUGAUUUUUAAAUUAACUGAUCAGGUCCCACCGUCGCCAAACUUUUUAAAUCACUCAACUCAGUCUUCAACUCAAAGUGCAUAAACUUGAGGUCAAAAAUCUGACUUGAGGCUGAGUAUAGACGGAAGGAAAGUUGGUGCUGGUGGGACCAAAUUGGAUCUGUGUGCGAACACACACACACACACACACACACACAGUGGAUCUAACGUUAUUCCUAAAAGAAAUUCGUAGUUUUCUCACAUCAAGGAUAUAAAUUCAGUUAUUACGUAAGGUGAUAAUGACAUCAUUCCGACUCUUCUCCCUCCGUCUUAUCUUUGUCGUAUUAGUAUUGUUCGUGGUUUUUCAACUUAAUGUGCUUCCCGAGAGAAAAUACUUUUUACUGAAGCUGCUCAGGAUACAAGAAAGCCAUCUAAAGAUCUUUGCUCAACACUUAUAUACGCAUCGAGGAUGUACCGGUCCCUCUCAAUCGUCAGAUGUCAUUGACAAAAUCCGGAGUGGAACUACCAACAAGGUUACAUACAAAGACUAUCUAGAUAGGCCCUCUUCAGAUCUUACAACAUUUCAAGAAGACUGGAAGGUGGAGGCCACAUUAUUCAAUAAAUUCCCAAAGAAAAAAAGGUUCCUCACUCUAGGGAUUCCAACAGUCCUAAGAGUUGGCGACGAGUAUAUAAUGGACACAAUUGAAUCUUUAGUGAACAACACACGGCCACAGGAACUUAAAAAUAUUUAUAUUGUGAUUUUCCUGGCAGAUUUUAAUGAGACUUGGAUAGAAGACAUUAGUAGAAGAUUAAAUAAAUCUUAUCCACAACUCAUUUUAUCACAAACUUUAGUCGUGAUUCGCUCCUGGAAAUCAUUUUAUCCUAGCCUGGAGAAUCUUAAUCAUACGUAUAACGAUAACUUCAACAAACGGAAAUGGCGCUCCAAGCAAAAUGUUGACUAUGCAUUCAUAUUCUUAUACUGUCAGCAUUUGUCCACAUACUACAUGCAAAUGGAGGAUGAUAUCUACACGAUACCCAAUUAUCUUGAUGUGGUCAAGGAUUAUAUAUCUGAGAUGAGAUUCCAGUGGACAUGUUUAGAAUUUUCAGAACUUGGUUUUAUAGGAAAACUUUACCAUUCCUAUGAUCUAGAAAAGCUAGCUAAGAUGGUGCUAUUAUUUUAUGAAGAACAGCCAUGUGACUUCACCUACUUACAUUUUAAUUCUCAAAUGUUACAAUUUCAACGUUAUAUACAUCGUCCUACCAUCUUUCAACAUGUUGGCUUAAAAUCUUCUCUUCCUGGGAAAAUUCAGCCAUUGAAAGACACAUUUUUUGACAAUUUGGAUAAAAUAUACCAAGGGGACAAUCCACCAGCAAAAUUGUUCACAAACUUGCUUGUCCAUUCGUCUUUCUCCCCAGAAUUGGCCUACUACCAAGAGCCUGGCUAUUUUUGGAGUCGCAGGAAUGGAAAAGCGGGCGAUUGGUUUACUGUAGUUUUCGAUGAUCCCCAAAGGGUUGGAAAGAUAAUUGUAGAAACAGGAUCACGGGAACACCCUCUCGACAGGAUUCUACAUGGCAAAUUGCAGGCUAGCCUUAGUUUGGUAAAAAUUGAUAAAUCUGAACCGAAAUGCACAAAUAAUAUAAUUCUUGGACACUUCAAAGACGGGUUAAUAAAAGUUAGCAAUUUAACAUCAGUUGUAGGACCUUUUAAAAUACACUGUAUGAGUAUAAUUCUCACCGCCAAUCAGGACUGGUGGAUCAUUAUCAAAGAAAUUGCUGUAUUUCUUGCUGAUUGAAAUUUUGUUAUUAUAUACUGAUUAAAAUUUAUUUACUGAC